AUUCUCAUAAUGUUAAUGGAUGAGGAGUUAAAUGUUACCUAUAUAAUUCUGGAUGGGCAUGUGGAAAUUAACAAAUACAGAUUUGUUUAUUUUUUUAUGAUGUUCACAUUGUAUAUACUAAUUAUUUGCAGUAACUGUAUUAUUAUAUACCUUAUUUGGGUUCAUAGAAAUCUCCAUGAGCCUAUGUACAUUUUCAUUGCAGCUUUGCUAGUGAACAGUGUUCUUUACAGUACAAAUAUUUACCCAAAACUUCUGACUGACUUUUUAUCUGAAACGCAAAUCAUAUCAUAUUCAGCCUGUCUCUUUCAGUUUUUCAUAAUGUAUUCUCUAGGUUGUUCAGAGUUCUUCAUCUUGAUAGGAAUGGCCUAUGACAGAUAUGUGGCUAUAUGUAAACCUCUGCAAUAUCCAACCAUCAUGACAAAAACCACUGUGAGUAUUUUCCUGCUCAUAGCUUGGCUUGUACCUGCUUCUAAUAUUGCAGUCCUAGCAAUUGGAAUUGCUAAAAGUAAACUGUGUUCCUUUCAUUUAAAAUCAAUAAUUUGUAACAAUACAAUUUACACCCUUCAGUGUGUAAGAUCAAGAUUAGUUACUGUAUUUGGUAUAGUUAGUUAUGUAGAUCUUGUAAUACUUCCCAUAGUCUUCAUAGUUUUCACAUACACAAAAAUAUUUAUUAUUACUUAUCGAAGUUGUAAAGAAACAAAGAAGAAAGCUGCAGAAACCUGCUUGCCCCACAUGCUAGUUUUAAUUACCUUUUCCUGUUUGGGGGUCUAUGAUGUAAUCACAGCUCGACUGGAAAUAGAUUUUCCAAAAACUACACACUUCAUAAUGACAUUACAGAUAGUUCUGUAUCAUCCUUUAUUUAAUCCAUUCAUAUACGGGCUCAAGAUGAAGGAAAUUUAUAAACAUCUACAAAGAUUUUUCUCCAGUAAAAAUGAUUUGACGCAUCAAAUCUGA